UAUAUGGAGGGCGGAGUCUGCUGUUUGCAGCCUGUGUUUAUACUCACAUCCGUUUCAUAAUCUAGAUCACAGGAAGCAAUAACAGUCAAUGAUAGUUGUUUAAUUGCAUCCUAUUUUAGUGCACAGCUUGCCAAGAUUGCAGUGUUUUCUUGGAUUCAUGGCAGGAUAAUAUAGUGCUUGCGUCAGGGGGAAAAAAGCAUACGCACGCGCGUGUGUCGUUCACGAACGAAUCGGUUCUUUUACGGAACGCUGGUUGAGAGUCGACUCAGGAAAGGACCUGACAAGUGAGGAGAUCUCCCCCGUGAGAGCGAGAGAGGACGUGUCUCCCUCCAUCAUUCCCUCAUUUGAUUUUACUACCCACGCUGUUGAUCCCGCAGCAUGGACAGCUUUUACGAUCAGCAGGUCCCUUAUGUGUUGCCACCCAAUAAAUGCCAUGCCAAGGAGCCACCAUGCAAGCCACUGAGUGAAAGGAAAAGGAAGUUCAUGGACAGCGAGCUCGCUCAGGACACUGAGGAACUGUUUCAAGACCUGAGUCGGCUGCAAGAAAUAUGGAUAGCUGAAGCCCAAGUACCUGAGGAUGAACAGUUUGUUCCAGAUUUCCAGGAUAACUUGACGUUCCAUGGCCCGCCUCAAACCAAGGUGAAGAGGGAAGUCAGUCCGAGUCGAAACUUCUCCCCCUGCAGACAAGAGCAGAGACUCUCGCCGUAUGGAGAGAAGUGCCUUUACAACUACAGGCAUGUGUCUUCGUGUCACUUGAUUCUAAAACCCUACUGCUUUUGUACUUGCACUGAAAUGUGCUGCGUGUACAAAUUUAACAUUUUCCCAUGUUUGUUUCCUAUCAGUGCCUAUGACAGGAAGCCAUUUGGAUUCAGUAAACCUCUGACCUCGCCCCCUACCCCUGUAUCACCUUGCAACUCCACCCAUAACCCAGGGACACAUGCCCUGCAGAAAAGAGUUACACCUCCAGUCCACACUCCUACGCAGGGGCUACCGGCUGUGACCAGCCACACGCCUCAGAGAAUACAGAGCACAGUUCACAGCCAAAGUCCACCUUUUGCAGUGCCCCGCCCACCUGUCAGUCACCCAGAUGCCUCCUACAGUGCAGAUCACAGAUUCCACAGACAGCUCUCCGAGCCAUGCCUGCCCUUCCCACAGUCCAAUGCCCGCUCUGGGACUCCUUACCCACCACAGAACACCAACCCCUUUUCACGGGACAAUCGGCCACAUUACCACCGCCAGAUGUCUGAGCCUGUGAUCCCGCUUCCUCUACGGGGGUUUAAGCAAGAGAUGGUGGACCCUCGUUACCAUGAACAGGAUGUCUCUAAUGUUGCAGCCAAUCAUGUCCCAUCAUACCAUCAAAUGUCCAUCAAACAGGAGCCCAGAGAAUUUGGCAUUGACUCUGAGAUACAGAACUGCCAGUCAUCCUUUGGGAAGUCCUCAAACUUUUGUCAGGUCAACAGUGAAGGGUUCAUGUAUGAUGGAGAGCCUCACCUCUAUUACGAAGACACAUGUGUGGUGCCUGAGCGGCUCGAUGGAAAGUACAAACAGGAAGGAGUGGGCUUCAGGGAGGGGCCACCGUACCAGAGACGGGGCUCCCUGCAGCUCUGGCAAUUUUUGGUCACGCUAUUGGACAAUCCGUCUAACAGCCACUUUAUUGCGUGGACAGGCCGUGGGCUUGAGUUUAAACUCGUUGAGCCAGAAGAGGUGGCCAGGCGCUGGGGUAUCCAAAAGAACAGGCCUGCCAUGAACUACGACAAGCUGAGCCGAUCUCUCCGUUACUACUACGAGAAGGGCAUCAUGCAGAAGGUAAAGGUCGCAGGUGAGCGGUACGUGUACAAGUUUGUGUGUGACCCAGAAGCUCUCUUCUCCAUGGCCUUCCCAGAUAACCAGAGGCCAAGCCUAAAAGCCGACCCUGAUGGGAUGCAGGUCCCUGAGGAUGACACCGUUCCUCUCUCCCACUACAAUGAAACCAGCAGAGCCUCUUAUGUAGAUGGCAGGGCUGUCUUUCCCUGACAGCUACACUUUCUGUCCUGCUUUCAUCUCCGUUUGGACUCCUGAAUCCCCUCCGCCCACUGAUCCACAUGCCCCAUCACUUCCUCCUGACACAUGAAGCUGAAUUACUGGCAUGUAUAAAUAUAUAACACAUGCUUGUAUGUAUGAUAUAUAUAUAUUUUUUUUUUUUUAAUAUAAAUGCUUUCUUAUUUGAGAAUUUUCAGUCCUUCCAUACUUGUCUCAUUUGAACUGUUUUCACCAAGCACACACACAUUACUGUAAUGCACGUUUUGUCUUGCGGGCUUUUUUUUAAAUCAGCCGACACUAAAAUGGGCUCUGCAGUAUUUUUUAAAACCAGCUUCAGGUUUUCUAUGUAUAAAUCUCUAUAAAUAUUCUAAGAUGGCUUUUGUGCACUGUUUCUUGUGUAGAACCUGCUGUGUAUUUUUCAGCUCUGUACUUAAGUGCUAUUUCUAAAAUUCUAUGCUAUCAAAUGCUGAAUUUUAUUAAAGUAUGUAACUUGUUUUAAUGAAAGGUUUGUAUAUUAUUCUAGCCACGCAAGUUUCACAUGCUUUUAUCACAGGCCUGGAAAAAGUGUUUCUGCUUUUGUAGGAAUAUUGAAAGAGUAAAAUCUAUAUGUAUAAUUAUAUAAGUAUAUUUUUGCAAAGCCUGCAUUUGUUUUCAUUGUUGUACAAGCUAUGUAUCAGACCUUUUAUCUUAAAUUUACAUAGUGGAAACUUGGGCUAUGUCUAAACACGCAAUCAAAGCGUUUCUCUUUUUAAAAAAAAACUUAAUAUCUGAGGGGUCUGAAUUCCUACAUUUUAAAAGAAAAACCUUGGACAAAUGUGGAUUUAAAAGAAAUGUAUCUGACAAUCUAAUAACUUAAGCAUUGCAGUAAGCCUGCAUUACAAAGAUGCUCCAGUAACUGCUGAGCCAUAGAAUCUUGUACUUUAAAUGGUAUAACCUUUCAGUGGGACAUCAGCUCUGUAACAUUGGAUUUAAGGGUAACCUUUACAUCCACUAUUCAGCGUUUAUAAUCUGUACUGGGUACAAUAAACAUUUCUGCUUCACUUAAA